CACAUACUCAUAACUGCUUCCCAGUUCCCGCAACUCCUCUCUGCUUCCACGGCGUCCAUUUGUCACCCAUCCCAACAACUCUUCUGCUCCACCCUCAUCUUCCUAUCUUCUCCAUCUCCACCACCCCUACUCAGCUACUCUCUCUCUCUCUCUCUCUCUCUCUAUAUAUAUAUAUAUAUGUCAUCGCUCCCACCCCAUUCAUUCUGGAUUCUAGCUAGCAAGCGAUCGAGCGAAGACGACACCCAGACAGCCACCGAGCAGACUCAUCCAUCGAUUGGGACUUAGUUCUGAAAAUGAGUCCAACUACGCAUUCUCACGAACACUUUUCGGGCAAGAAAGAGGGGGACACCAAAUGCGGUAAUAAUAAUAAAAAUAUUCUCAAGAUUAAUAAAGACUCGCAUUUGAUCAAGAAGUCCUCGUCGCCGUCUCCGUUGCCGCCGUCCUCCUCGUCCUCCUCCGCCCCAAGCUCCGCCAAGUCGCAGCCGCAGCAGCAGCAGCGCCACCACCCGGUCAUCAUCUACACGCAUUCUCCCAAGGUUAUUCACACUCAUCCUCGGGACUUCAUGGCCCUGGUCCAGAAGCUCACCGGCCUCUCCCGCUCCGACGACAACCCGCCCCGCCCCAAACCCGGACCCGACGCUUCUUCUUCCGAGGACAACACGAACAAGAAUCAGAAGGCGGCCGACGACAACGACUCCUCGUCGUCGGUGGUGACGGACGAGAACUGCGGCAGCACGGUGGUGGGGAACUUGGAGAUCAAUUCGUGUUUUCCGGCGGGGACUCAUCACCAUCCGCUGAUUUUCGAUGCGCCGAAUCCUUGUUUCAGCAACAUUCCGUUGUUCAGUACGAAUUCCUCCGAUUUCUUGUGCCCGGCGACAGCCCAGCCGUUUUACAACAAUUACGCAGAGUCCUUGCUAUUGAUGCCUAGCAUGCGAACCUCCAUCUCCCCUGCUUCUUCAUCCGCCUUGGAAGCCAUGAACGAGUUUCGUGAGUUCUGAAAAUUCUUUCAGUUUUGGGUUUCAAACUAAUUUAAUAAACAUAACUUCACUUUCUUCUUGUUUCCUUCUCCAAAGCACAACACAGCCCGUCCAGCACAAGAACUUGGCAAUAUAUUAACCACCAGUUACCAGCAACACCAACAUCCGUGGGUUAUGAUGUUCGACUCUCGCCUUGCGCAGGAGGUGCGGUGAAGCUUUACCCUUCCGAUUUAUAUCUUUUGACACAUGAAUAUCGAAAAGUGUACAAGAAUAAUCAUCUCAAUAACUAUUAGUUGCAUAAAUGUUAAAGUUUAUCAGUUAUGUCAACUAUAAUAAUUUUAUCUUGUA